GAUGGAUGGCACAUUUGUGAACAGUUUCAUUGAUUCGAUUCGCACGGCAGGACCGAACGAGCAUCCUCCGUUCCUACCGUACCGUACGCACCCGCAGCACCCGACGACCCGGUCAAGGACGGAAGAAAUGGGAAAACCCGGCGGCGUCGUUUUGGCCCCGCCGCCCUUUGUGUCGACCGGGCAGCGGCCGGGCGCAGCCUUGGUCCGCAGCGCGGGGGUCACGGACCGGGGAUUGCUUGCGCAGCCACCGCGACGGCCACCGCGGCAGCCGCUCGUGCCGUUCAUGCUGUCCGAGCUCGCCUUUGACCGCGAGGCCACGGCGGAAAGGGCUYCCCGCGGCCGCCCUUCGGACCCGGGCAGCGGCGGGAGGGGGCCUUCGAACCCGAACCGAGGCGRGGGCAGCGAUGCCCAUGGGUUCGGGCUCCGCUACUAUUCGUCGGCCAUCUGGAACGGCCUCCUCUGCUUGUCCUCGGGAGACGACCCCGACCUGUUUUUCGAUGCCCAGGAAAAGCCCAUGCCCAGAGACCGAAGGAGGAUGGAUUCCAAYGGCAGGCUGCUCACACUCACACUCCCCCGUGCACCCGAGAAAGGCGAGGCGGCGAACGACGAACRGGAGCUCCGGAAGACCAACACCUGCGCCACGGCCGCGAGCACCAGGGCCAGCGAUUCGGGGCUUUGCUCGGUGGUUUCCUUUGCGUCGAACGACAGCGUCUCGGUGGAAUCGGUCGAGGUCGAGGUGGUCCGGCUGGAGAAAGCCGGGAGCGGCUCUUCGAUCGCCACCRGGACCAUCUGUGGGGUCCGCGGGGGAGCCUUUGAUCCACGGGGCAACCCCCACCACCACAACCCGCAAUGCGAACGAAGCGACCAGUCGCUCCGGGCGCAUUCGGACCCGAAUCCGAGCGAUGCGGGUUGCCGGCAGCAGCAGCAGCAGCAGGAUCCUCCUCCUCCUCCUCCCGCACACCCAGGCACGCAGGGGCACAACCCCUUUGCUCGCGUCCUGCCCCCACCUCCUCCCAAAGAAUUGCCCCUCCGCUUCCUCCGAGCGGGCAAGGGAGACCCGGUGGAGGGUCAGCGCCGAUACGAAGCCACAUUGCAGUGGAGAAAGGAACACUCCAUCGAUACGAUCCUCCUCGAGGCCCAUCCCAAAUUCGAAAUGAUCAAGGAGAAUUACCCGCACUACUUCCACCUCCGCGGCCGCCAGAACGAGCCCGUCUUUUUCGAACAGCCACCGAAAACCGACCUCGCGGCGCUCCGCCGGGGCGGCAUGGACCUCCACGGUCUGGUCCGCCACUACGUUAUGGUCACCGAGUUCCAGUGGCAGUUUCUCGAGCCGAACGACCUGGCCAGGUCGAUCACCGUUUUGGACCUCGAGGGGAUGCGCAUGGUGGACUUYGUCGGGGAAUGCGUCGAGUACGUCAAGAUGUGCAGCCAGUUUACGGGGCAGCACUAUCCGGAGCGGGCCGGACACGUCAUUGUGGUCAACGUUCCGCGGUGGUAAGUUUCGCUGGGUUGUGUUCUUGCUUUGCCUUGUCGUGUCGUGUCAUUUCGAUGGUCGCUGGAGCGGUUCAUUCCCUCGUGUGUUGCGUGCCAAGCGGUACAACCAUCCGGUUGUGCGAUUCGUUGUCUCGUUUUGGCGACUCACCCACCCACCCACCAACGYUGCGAUCCACGAAUCGAAUCAAACACACAGGUUUGCCAUGAUAUGGAAGGUGGUCAAACCCAUGGUGGACGAGGUCACCCUGAAAAAAAUAUCCAUCGUUCGGGGAAAAGACGCCGUCCUUGCUGCCCUCUCCGAAAAGAUCCCCAUCGAAAACAUCCCGCCCGAAUACGGUGGGUCCAGCAUGCCGCUGGGGGAAUCGCCGGAGGAACGAGCUCUCCGGGAUCUCAUGAGACACAACAAUGCGCUGGCACGGGGGGAUUGUUCGUGCGGUGGCAGGACCGCAACGCCGCCCUGCAGGUUUUGUGUGUGGGGCCCUCCGAGGAGUUAUUGAUCCGAUCCAAUCCGAUCCGAUCUGCCGCAGACGAGACCGAAACGAAAGGAAACCGAAACCACCGUUCGGGGAAACGGACGGAUGCCUUGCUCGUGGUGGGCGAUUCUGGGCGGGGAAGGGGUGGAUGGAAUGGAAUGGAUCGAACCAAGACGCGGAAAAGCGCAAACACAAGCCACGCAUGCCGUGCUGUGGUUUCCUUCCUCCUUCCAACCCUGCRGAAACAACACGUUAUCGAAUACAAUAUCUGUACGUACUGCUGUAAUCCUAAUGUAGUAAACAUACUAUUUUGUACAAGGUGUSCUACGCUACGCUACGCAGCUUGGUGCUGGUUGUUUGUUCCGAGAAACGAAAACACGGCAGGCCGAAAGCAGGUCCAUGGGUGCCGCGGCCGAAGAACCGCCACCGUGUCGUUCCUCGUGCGAAGCCAAUCGCAAAGCAAAGCACGGCACGGGCGUGCGUUCCGGGAUUCGCAACACCAACGAAACGGAACGACCCGCGGGGGGUUCCUCCGGCAUGCCGAUGCCUUGCUUUGGCGGUUCCAAAACCAACCACGGACGGUGUGCCGUGCUAGCUAGUGUAGUGUAUUGUAGUGUAGUGCUGCGUUGUACGGAUACCAGCCUGCAGUGCUCCGUACCAAUCGACGCCCGCCAGAUCGGCGGAUCUCAAAAGGCGCAGAGCACAUCUUACUGUCGGAAUGGCACAAGGAACUUACAUGAUGAACGCGAAACGAACCARACGUUUCGAGAAGUACCUUCGGGCACAAGCAUCUCGUCUAUAAACCCAUGACGACUUGGAUUUUCUCUCGGUCRUUCGUGUCCGCUCGUGCGUGUCGAAGAACACACGAUGCAAAACAACAAGUGCGUGUGCCACAACCAUGGCUAUCUUCAAAACCUCGUAGGAACUUCCUCGGAUCCAUCGUCGAGAGUCUUCAAAUAGUCCCGGCAGCUCACUUUUGCUCCUUUGUGUUCUGACGAUAAUUUUCCCCAAACUACCCGCCAAUGUUCUACUCCACUCUCAUGGGAGAUUCGCUCUUCCCGAGUUACAUUUUCGGUGGAAUUGUACAGUGUUACGAUAUCCUUGUAUCCUCUCUUGACCUCGACCACUCUGGAAGGAUGGGUUUUUAGCACUUUCUUGCCGUCCGCCCCCUCGUAUUCAUAAUYGUUUUCGUAUCUGGAAAAGUUGCCUUCCAACGGUCCCGAGGUUACAAAUUGGUCCCAACCCGCUUUCAUUGCAUGCGGUCCGGUUACAAAGACCACCUUUGGCCUGAACACGUGGUCCAAAUCCAAMAGAUUCUUCACUAUGGCAAACAUUGUGMGGUACAUUAUCGGAUGCCCCUGUUCUGCCGCGAUGAACCAUUGGGAAGGGCGACUGUAUGGAUCAGUAAAGAAAAAGGCCGACAGAUCCCUUCGGAUUGUUUUGGAAGUAAAUUUUCGAAGCGGGGAAACGUCCAUAUCGCUGUAGAUCCCACCGUACUUGUAGAUAAGCAAAAUUCUCCACACAUCGACCGUCAUAGCUCCAUUGACGUGAACACACUUCAUAGCGCGAUGUAAUUCUGGAAACUCGGGCCAAUCCUCCUCCAGAAGCUUAUUCACCGCAUUGUCGUCGUGAAAGAAAAUGGAGUAGUCGGGGAGGGUCCUCUUCCACUCCCCGAUAAUCGCUGCAAGAUCCUGGGGCAGGCACCGGCUUUUGUGAGAGAAAUGCAUAAUCUUGGGAAUGGUUUUGUUGAUGUCGUUUUUCGACUUAGGGUUGUCAUCAUCCGACCUGACGAUCACGUUUUGGAACGCUACGAGGGGAGGAGUGCAUUCCAAAUUCUUCGCUUGGGGUCCACCCGACAAAUKAUCCAGUUCGUCUAGCAAUGCAUUUAGUGACAUUCUACUUGUGUUCGAAGAAACCAAGUUGGAGCCGGUACCUGAAACAGUCAAAUUUUUAGUCAC